CGCAGCCACUGCGCGGCCCUGCUGCGCUGCCCGCUCCGGGGACGCGAUGCCCAGGCCGGCCUCAAGGUGGCAGCGGCCGCCUUUCUCGCCGGGAGAGCCUCGCAGGGCAGGGGUACCAGCCCGACCCCGAGCGAGGGGGCCGCGGUCCCAUGGGAGAGGAGCCGUGGUCCCCAGGGAUGAGGGUGCAUGGUCCCCACGGGAGAAGAAGGGCCGUGGCCGGUUCCCAUCCGCGAGGCGCCGCGAUCCCCGUGGGUGAGAGCGUACAGCCUCCGCGGGCAAAUGGGACGCGGUCCCCACGGGGGACAGACCGCGGUCUCCGCAGGUGUAGGGCCGAGGUCCCCAGUCACCAAGGGGGGAGCACGCACAUCUCACAUCUCGGGGGCUGCAUCCGAUCCAAAGGCUGCAAGGGCACGGGGCAGGACGGGACGGGAGCGCGGCCGGGCUGAGCCCCGCAGCAGCCCCGCGGGGCGGGCAGGGACGCUGGCACGGCGGCUGGUGAACCGCGGGUUCCUGCCCCCGCCUCCUCCCACCUCCAGUCCGGCCUCUCCCAGGCACUUUGCUCCCAGCCCGGGAGAGCGCGAGCAGCCGCGACACGGCCUGGCCCCGCACGGCGGCGUGGCCCUGGGCGCCAUGGGGAACAAGCGCUCCCUGGGGGUGCCCCGCAGCUGAGAGUCACCCCAUCCCCGGAGCGCAGGUGAGCUGGGGGCCUCGGGGCUGGGGGAGGGCAGCAGCUGGGACGGUCCCGCUGCGGUGGUGCCGUGGCUGUGCAAACCUAGCCAGGCUUCGGGGUGCUGGAGGUGCAGCUUUAGCCCUGAGAGGAAUGACAGCGACAACCUGGGGGUGUAGGAUUGGGGGGGCAGAGGGGCGGGGUCGGCCCAUCCCUAAAUCUCUCCUUCCAAUCACACCACUGUGCUCCUCUAUCAAUCCCCAAGAGCCUUUGUACUUCAUGGUGCAACCACCUCCUCUCCUUCAUCUUCCUCUUCAGCCUCCAAAUACCAUCUCCUUUGGAGACAAAGCUGGCCCUGGGGCUGCUCCAGCUCUGCUUGGUGCUGCAAACCCGGCGAGGUGGAAGGGCUGGAGCAGCCUGCUUGGGGGUGGAAAGGCUGUCACCUGCCACCCUGCUGAGACCUGGGGGCAGCUGGGCACAGGUGGGCCGCAGUGGGGUACUGCACAGCCCCAGCAGCGCUGCCAGCCCCAGGGAGGACGCAGCUCUGGUGAGCAGAAAGGGAGCUCAGAGAAAUCAGGUCACGCUCCCCUGGUGCCAGGGCUUUGGCUGGGCUCACCACGUAGCGAUUAGGGACAAGGGUCCUUCUGCAGGAUGUUUUGCACAAUUUCCCCUUGUUUUGCAAUUUCCGAGGGCUUAAGAGAGAAGAAAAGCCCUGUGUUUUCCCAGAGCCCCUCAGCAGCCCAUUCCAUGCCCCAUCCCCAAAGGGCAGCACACAUCCCAGACGUGUGCCCUGAGUGUGCCCCCAGCCCCGCUCUGCCUCUGGCCAUUCUCCUUGUGUGCCACUCACUGCACCCAGAACAAGUGGAAAGCUUCAUCCCCACACCACAGCCCCGUGCAUCCACAAAACGGGCAGGGCAGGACUGGGCAUCACCUCCCCAGCCCCCAGCUGGGCUCAGAGCCUCACUGCUGCAGGUGGUCCCUCCGGAAAAGUGCAUGGAGAAAGCCACGGCUGGAAGAGCCUCACUGAGGCUGUGCUCGAGGAACAUGAAUGGCAGUGACGUGUCCUCAGGGUGGAUGGGCGUAAAUCAGAGUCCUUUAAACCACCGCCUUUGAUCGUGACUAAGAUGAGGAAGCAGGAAACCUCGACUGCUGAGAUCAAGAUCGUCAGAUGCCAUCGUCUUUUGCGUUUCGGUUUGUCAGUGGUUUUCCUGAAGGCAGCUUGCUCAGGAGCAGUCAAAUCGCGCUGCCGCAUGCAGCCGGCCUCAGGCUUCACCUGCCCUCUUAACCAUCCAGCAUCACAUUUUCUUUGUGUGUUUCUUACAUCAGACGUCAUUUUUUUCAACUGGAUUAUUCAGACCUUCCUCAUUUGCCGGCAGCUCCACGGAGAUUGGCCUUGGCCGCCGCAACCUGCAGCAGCUCCGCUCUUGUAGGGCUUUGCACUGCGCUGCUCUGCCCUCAGCCAUCCUCGGAGGGAGGAAGAGAAGAAUGGAGCCCCUGCUUCCUGCUGCCCCCGUCGGCAUUCCCAGUCCCCGCACUGGGAGCGGAGAGAGGUCCCGCUGUUAAUAUUUGAUCAGGGCCUGCCUCUUGCUCUCUGAACUCAUCCCGUCAUUAAGCUGUCCGCAGCGGGAAGGGGCGGUGGGUUCGGGCCCAAAGCUGCGCUCAGCCCAGAACUCAAACAAAGUGCCGGGCUGCGUGCGGAGCGGGGGGCUGGUCCCGGUGCCCUUCAUUACUUUAUGAUCAUCUCUGCAAACAGCGGGGUGUCUCUGCAGGACAGCAGCUCCCCGGAGCCACGGAUGCGCCCUGGGGAGAUCCCUGCCUGCUGUGCUCGCUGCGAGCAGCGGUGGUGAAGGAAAGCGGUAAAGGGGAUGGGGGGAAGGAGCGUGGGGGUGGCCCAGCUUUCUGCUCGCACCACCUGAACCAGCAUCCUGCAUCACCUCCCUGAGCCGAGCCCUGCUCCAUCGCAGGGCCCACCGCGCCCUGGACAAGCACUGCCUUCCUUCAGCCCUCCCCGCCGCCAGCAGCCUGCAGUGACCCGGGAGGCUCUUAGCACAACCCCCCCCACGCCCAGGGCAGCCCCAGGGAAGCUGCCCCGUAUCUGCUGGAGCAGUGGGUGCUGAACUUUAGACAUCUCCAGAGGCGAGUGCAGCCUUUUUACAGCUUGCCCUCGCUUUUCACCCCCCGGGGACCAAUUUGCCGGGACGAUGAGAAUCCCAGUCUUUGAUCCAAACAAUGCGCAAAGGGGGAAAUGUCCCCAUGGCUUCGAGCUGGCGCUGUGUCGGGCUGGGGCUUGGCUCGGGUGCAGCUCCUCUCUGUGCCGCUGAGCUCAUUGCUCUCCUGGGGAGGAGAGCCUGCAGCUGGAGGCCCCUCGCUCCCAGGGACGCUCUCCCAAAGGCUCUUCUAACAGCCCCCCGAGGAUUUCUCAGGGCCAUUGUACCCCUCCAGACGAUCCUUUCUUCUCCUCCUGCCUUUCUUCUGGGGAGGACCCCUCCGGGACUGGCAGCAUUGUCACGGUGGUGCCAAUUAGGCUGAGCCGGCUUCCAAGAGGCUGCGCUGGCACCGCGCGGGGGCUGCUGUUGCUGAUCAAGGUUUCAUUGUUCGCCGCGGGUCUGCUGGUUGGCCCUGGGCACCCUGCCCGGCUCCGCGCGGUGUCACGGCGCGCUGCUCCGAGCCACGAUCCGCGGGUGUCACUGGGAGGGCUCCGGAGGGGAGGAUGUGUCAAGCCCAAACCCAAGAGCUGAGAAAAAACAGAGAAGCAUCAAAGUGGCCGGAGCUCCUGGAGGGGGGGAAAAUCUGGCAUCUUUGGCCGCCUGCCCCGCUUUGUGCCUGACAAUGCUCGGGAUCAACAGCUAAUGUGUUUUUAUUAACUGCUCCCGCAGCUCUGGCUGGGAGAACAUGGACGCUCCGGUGAGGAUGUUCUCACUUGCCCCGUGGACACCGACGCCGACCCCCUGGCUGGGAGGGAAUACAACCGCUGCAGAGGCAAAGUGCGUCUUCAAUGAGGAGUUCAAGUUCAUCCUGCUGCCCAUCUCCUACGGCAUCGUCUUCGUGGUGGGUCUGCCCCUCAACUCCUGGGCCAUAUGGAUUUUUGUCACAAGGAUGAGGCCCUGGAACGCCACCACCACCUACAUGUUCAACCUGGCCAUCUCUGACACGCUCUACGUCUUCUCCCUCCCCACUCUGGUCUACUAUUACGCUGACCGCAACAACUGGCCCUUCGGGAAAGCGUUCUGCAAGAUCGUGCGCUUCCUCUUCUACGCCAACCUCUACAGCAGCAUCCUCUUCCUGACGUGCAUCAGCGUCCACCGCUACAUGGGCAUCUGCCACCCCAUCCGCUCCCUCAAGUGGGUGAAGACCAAACACGCUCGACUCACCUGUGUGUGCGUCUGGCUGGUUGUCACCAUCUGCCUCAUCCCCAACCUCAUCUUCGUCACCACCAGCUCCAGGGACAACAGCACCUUGUGCCAUGACACCACCAAGCCCGAGGAGUUCGACCAUUACGUGCACUACAGCUCCUCCGUCAUGGCCCUUCUCUUUGGUGUUCCCUUCCUGGUGAUUGUCGUGUGCUAUUGCCUGAUGGCCAAGAGGCUCUGCAAGCCCAGCUUCCCCAGCCCCGGCCCCCGCGUGCCCUCCUACAAGAAGCGCUCCAUCAAGAUGAUCAUCAUCGUGCUCACCGUCUUCGCCAUUUGCUUCGUGCCCUUCCACAUCACCCGGACCCUCUACUACACCUCCCGCUACUUCCAAGCCGACUGCCAGACCCUCAACAUCAUCAACUUCACCUACAAGAUCACGCGGCCCCUGGCCAGCAUCAACAGCUGCCUGGACCCCAUCCUGUACUUCAUGGCAGGGGACAAGUACCGGGGGCGGCUGCGCCGGGAGGCAGCCCAGCGGGCCCGGCCUGCGCCCACUUCCCUGCUGGCCCUGGUGUCCCCCUCCGUGGACAGCAGCGUGGUCGGCAGCUGCUGCCACAGUGAGAGUCGGGGGACAGGGACAGCAUGGAGCGGAGGUGGGCAAUGAGAGGUGAAGAAGCGGGGCACACUGUGGAAGCCACAGUCCCACAAACCUGCCUGGAGCAUUGACCAUGGGUCUGAGGGCAGGUGGCCAUGGGGCGCAUCCCAGGGCAUUCGUGGGGACAGGUCACUAAGACAACAAAACUUUUGUCUCUCCCCAGGCACGCACAGAGUGCAUGACCACAGAGUGCAUGGAAUGGACUGGCACUGGGAACAGUGGAGGAGCAGCCCUGUGUCAGCAAGUGGUGACAGUGCAGACAGCAUGAAUGCUGGUCGUGGUCCUGGCCAGGGUCUCCACUGAGACUUUGGCCCUUGGUCCAGUGCUGCCGGCGCUGAGGGCUCAGCCCCCUGCUGCAAUGCCCUGCACGGUUCUCAGGGUAGGGACACCUGGGGGACGGGCACAGAUUUCAGAGAUAUCCCCAUCUCUCCCACAGCAUCAGCCUGGGGGAGGCAGUGAGGGGCUGUGCUGCUAAUGGACCUCAAUAAAGCACCUUCCCCUUCUCCACAUCCCAAACUGGUCCUCCCUGUAUCAGGAGGAAGAGGGAUGACAUAUCUGUGGUGAGAGGACAGCAGUGUGGCCCCUUCGUAUUAUGGCACAAUGCGGGGCAAGCUCGGGGCCAUGGGCUGGGGGGGGUGGCACCACGCUGACAAGGGAGGGGUGGUGGAGGCCUGCAGGGGAAUCUGCCUUUAUGAGUGUUUGCUCUCUAAAUGUUUACCCAGAGUUUU